CCUUCAGUGUAGUGUUCGGCAGCGAUAGGCAGGGGUGCUGUUCCGUCAUGUGAUUCUGCUUUAGUCCUUCGAAGUUGAAAGGCAAGCAAGUCAGUGCGGGGCUAGCCUUCCUCAAUCUUGGUUGCUGGAGUACUAGCUAGAUGCGGUGACUUUCUUCUCGAUUUCUCACUCGUGAUUUUUCUUCAACUUUUUAAGAUGGCCGGAGCAAUUAUUGAAAACAUGAGCACCAAAAAGUUGGUGAUCGUAGGAGUGAUUCUGCUUUUAUUCCAAGCGUUUGCUUUUAUGGUCGGAGGCUUGAUUGCUCCCAGCCCCACCACAGCAGUCCACUACCUGGCUACCAAAUGUGUGGACACGGACAAACAUCACCAGAGCACCAAAUGGUUCAUGCCCUGGGGCCCUAACCAGUGUGACAAGAUCCGGGACUUUGACGAGGCCAUGGCCAAGAAGAUCGAGGCCAACAACAUUGUAUUUGCCGUCCAUAUCCCCCUGCCCAACAAAGAGAUGAGCCCCUGGUUCCAGUUUAUGCUGGUCAUCCUACAGUUUGACAUUGUCUUCAAGAUGUACAACCAGAUAGAGGAUGGAGCGCUGGCCACCAUCAACGUGGGUUUGGCCUACAGAGAUGACAUGCUCAGUGAGUGGACAGAGAUGGCCCACUCCAUAGAGCAGAGGAAGCUCAGCUGCAACUUCACCACCACCAAGACGUAUGAGAACGAGGGGCGCUACUAUGAGUGUGACCUGCUGCCCUUCAUGGAGCUGGGCAACGUGGCCCACAAGUACUACCUCCUCAACAUCCGCCUGCCUGUCAGCGAACGCAAGAAGAUCAACAUGGGCAUCGGCGAGAUCAAGGACAUCCGUCUGGCGGGUAUCCAUCAGAACGGCGGUUUCACCAAGGUGUGGUUCGCCAUGAAGACCUUCCUCACACCCAGCAUCCUCAUCAUCAUGGUGUGGUACUGGAGACGCAUCACCCUGAUGACACGACCCCCUGUGCUGUUGGAAAAGGUGAUCUUUGCCCUGGGCUUGUGCAUGACCUUCAUCAACAUCCCGGUGGAGUGGUUCUCUGUGGGGUUCAACUGGACCUGGAUGCUGCUGUUUGGGGACAUCCGGCAGGGCAUCUUCUACGCCAUGCUGCUCUCCUUCUGGAUCAUCUUCUGUGGAGAGCACCUCAUGGACCAGAUGGAGAGGAACCAUUUCUCAAACUACUGGAAGCAGGUGGGACCCAUUGUCUUCGGCUCCUUCUGCCUGUUUAUCUUCGACAUGUGUGAGAGGGGUGUCCAAUUGAAGAACCCUUUCUACAGUAUUUGGGCUUCCGACGUGGGGACUGAGUUGGCUAUGGCGUUCAUCAUUGUGGCGGGGAUCUGUGCCUGUCUCUACUUCCUCUUCCUGUGCUUCAUGGUGUUCCAAGUGUUCCGCAACAUCAGUGGGAAGAGGUCCUCCUUGCCCGCCAUGUCCAAGGCCAGACGCCUGCACUAUGAGGGCCUUAUCUUCCGGUUCAAGUUCCUCAUGUUGGUCACUCUGACCUGUGCUGCAAUGACUGUCAUCUUCUUCAUCAUUAGUCAGGUGAACGAGGGCCACUGGCAGUGGGGAGACUACACGGUGCAGGUGAACAGUGCCUUCUUCACGGGAAUCUACGGCAUGUGGAACCUCUACGUGUUCGCCAUCAUGUUCCUGUAUGCUCCCUCACACAAACGCUACGGAGACGAGCAGUCCAGCGGUGCCAUUCUUUGCGAGGCAUCGGGAUACCUCCCUGGUCUUUGUGGUUGAAUCUGUGUUUGAAAUUCACUGCUCAACUGAGGAACCUUACAGAUAAUUGAGACGCAGGAGCCAGUGGCGAGGACAUCCAGCUGACCACCACCAUCACCCACGUGGACGGACCCACCGAGAUCUACAAGAUGACGGGCAAGGAGGCCCAAGAGUAGACCCCCCUCCCCUGGACAUCAAACCACCUACAAACACCCCUCCCUAAAACCGUGACUGUGCUUCCUUUAACCCUAUUACCCAUGUGCCCCGCAUUGUCCCAAAAGUUCAAAAGCAACUUUAUCUGUAGCCCUUUAGUCCUUUCAUUUCAUUGCAGACAUGUGGCCAGAUUGUAUAUUCAUUUUUGACAUUUGAUAGAGUCUGUUAACUAUCAGUGUUUGUAAUGUUGUUGUUGUUGAACAACUGUACUCUUAUGAAGUCCAGGUUGUGAAAAUCUGCUUUGACAUGGAGUGGAAGGAUGUAGAACACCAUCUGCUGGUCAUAAGAGGUAGUUGGGGAGGGAAAAAAACACUCCAGGUUGAUGUUGUCUUCACAAAUCUAGGAUCAGCAUUCCAUCCCUCAAAUCCUAAACAAACCCAUUAGGGGUAAAGUGCAAAUCUGAAAUUAGAUCAGUGUCCAGUGGCAACGGCAUAGGAAAAACAUUGGGGGCUUUCAAGGCACUAUAUUGUGGCGUAACUGGUUGCCUCACUGAAGACAACAUUACUUUGCUCUUUAGAGAGAACUACAUGUGGAUGACUGCUGUUUUUGGCACUCUGCCUCUGCAGUUUUAGAUUGAAACAACCAGUAAGUGUAUGUCAAUGCCUCAUGGUACAAGGUCCAAGAUGACCACUUUCUGAAGAUCUGUCAAAAGAAAGCAUAUCUCUGCAAGUUGUCAGUAAUAUCUUUGUCUUUUUUGUCACUUCUGUCCGCACUCACGUUCAGCUGUACACAUCCAUGGAACUUUCUAGACUACUGUGUUCUCUUAUCUAUCACUCUCCCAAGUGGGGGGAUAAUACCUUUUUGUAUUGUGGGGGAAAAAAUUACAAACCACAGGGCCUUUUUGGGAAACACCAAGUUCAUUAUGUUACGAUGUAGAUAUAUAUAUAUAUAUUUUAUAAAGUGCUUAUUUUCAACUGUAUGAAAGAUUUGCAUAUGCUGUAUCACUUACUGUCUGUUGGCAAAAAAAUUAUUGAGAUUCGAAGAUGACUAUGACGUGGUAGUGUAGUAGUUUUGUGCUUUUUAUGCUAAAUUAAAUAAAAAGUUUACUUUA